GAAAUCAAUAAGUAAUCAUUUUAGUAGCAGGGAGGGCCUGGAAUAUUUAUUUUGACAACUAUCUUUCUUAGGUUUCCAGAUGAAAAUAAAUUGGUCUGCACACCCUUCCUGCUGCUAUUUUGCAGGACAUUGUUAUAACUGUUGGAAAGUAGGUCACAAUUCUUCAAACUGCGUAAGAGAAACACCAUUUAAUGAAGGAUAUAUAACUCCAUCAGAUUUAAUUGCAUGGAUUAUGGAAAGAUUUUUAAAAUAAAAUAGGGUUGGAUUGGGUGGCUUUUUUUUCAAUAUAUUUUUUUUCUUUUUUU